AUGCCUGGUCUCGAAGAACAGCCGCCCUUCAGGGUUCUCAUUGUUGGGGGGUCUUAUUCCGGGUUGGCCGCAACUCUGAACCUUGUCGACCUGUGUCAUGGUCGGAAGUGUCGAUUCAAUCAGGAUGAGAACGACCAGGGCCCAGGGACCACGAUUCCUGUGCAAGUAACCAUCGUGGAUGAACGCGACGGUUAUUACCACCUGAUCGGACUGCCUUUAGCCAUAGCUUCUAAUGCCGAUGCUAGCAUGUUCUGGAAAAAGUUCGCGGAUAUUCCCGCUCUCCAAUCGCCGGAUAUCAAUCACAUCCAAGGACGAGUAGACUCGAUAGACUGCAAGUCCCGUAUCGCACGGAUCCGUCAAAAUACUGCGAAUGAUGGGCACAAGAUUGUCGAAGAGAAAUACGACUACAUGAUCGCGUGCUCCGGCUUGCGAAGGGAGUGGCCCAGUGCACCCAAGUCUUUGACUCGGGAGGCAUAUCUUGCCGAGACUGCAGAUUCUGUGCAGACUAUCGAGAAAGCUGUGGGAGGCGUGGCUGUUAUUGGGGGCGGUGCUGUCGGUAUCGAGAUCGCCGCCGAAAUUAAGAUGCUACAACCUCAGGCAAAGGUGACCCUCAUUCACUCUCGGCAACAGCUUCUCUCCUCAGAGAAUCUCCCCGAUGAGUUCAAAGCAAAGGCCCUUGAAAUGCUGAAAGAGUCCAAGGUGGAAGUGAUGUUGGGGGCACGCGUCCAGGAUAAAGUUCUUGGCAGCGACUCCGCUCCGGCAAAAUACACGCUCAAACUCUCGGAUGGUCGGGAGCUCAUAGCCGAUCAUGUAAUCAAUGCCGUUUCACAGUUUGCAUCCACAUCCUCAUAUCUUCCCAAGGAUGCCUGCGAUCCCGAGGGAUAUGUCCGUAUCACGCCCGGUCUUGAAUUUUCCGCAGAUGUGCCAAACAAGAAAUACCACUACGCUGCCGGCGAUAUUGUCUCCUGGUCUGGUAUUAAGCGUGGUGGAGCGGCGAUGCACCAGGGGCACUACGCAGCCGUCAAUAUCCACCAGCAGAUGUUAGCGGAGCGGUACAACACAGAGCCCAAGUUGGUCGAGUUGGUUGAGGUAGCUCCCAUGAUGGCUCUGGCUCUUGGGGAAACCGCCGUUGGGUACUUCCCGACCAUGGGGCUGACCACGGGUGACGAGAUCCGCAAUAUGUUCUUCAAUGAUGAUCUAGGAUAUGGAAGUAAGUUGGCGAGUUUCCAACCGGAUUGA